CUUUCCCUCCUUUCAAACAAAACCCCAGCCUCUCUCUCUGAACAAUGUUGGGUUGGGUCUCUCUGGUUUCAAAUCCCAACGUAUACCCCUGAAAAACCCACAAAUUUCUGUUUCCAAUCACCUCUGUUCGUUCUCUCUUUGUCGUAUAUCUUCUCCAUCCUCGCUCUUUUGCCUUUGGAGAAGAUUUUGAAUUUUUGGAACCAUGGAAGGUCCCGGAGCGUACAAUCCUCGAACUGUCGAGGAAGUUUUUAGAGAUUUCAAAGGCCGAAGAGCUGGCAUGAUCAAAGCUCUCACCACUGACGUAGAAGAAUUCUUUCAGCAGUGCGAUCCUGAGAAAGAGAAUCUGUGCCUGUAUGGAUUUCCUAGCGAGCAGUGGGAAGUCAAUUUACCUGCAGAAGAGGUGCCUCCAGAGCUUCCUGAGCCUGCAUUGGGCAUUAACUUUGCAAGAGAUGGAAUGCAAGAAAAAGACUGGUUAUCUUUGGUUGCGGUCCAUAGUGAUGCAUGGCUACUUGCAGUUGCAUUUUAUUUUGGUGCUAGAUUUGGAUUUGAUAAAAACGACAGGAAACGCCUCUUUGGUAUGAUAAAUGAUCUCCCAACAAUAUUUGAGGUUGUGACAGGAACUGCAAAGAAACAAGUAAAGGAGAAGUCUUCGGUUUCAAAUCACAGCAGCAACAAAUCCAAACCUAACUCUAAAGUGCAGCGGGGCUCUGAACCCCAGGGCAAGUUUUCAAAGGCAAUGCAGCCAAAGGAAGAGGAUGAUGGAUUUGAUGAUGAAGAUGAGGAGGAACAUGGGGACACACUGUGUGGGGCAUGUGGGGAAAACUAUGCAUCAGAUGAGUUUUGGAUCUGCUGUGACAUUUGUGAGAAGUGGUUCCAUGGCAAGUGUGUGAAGAUCACCCCUGCUAGGGCUGAGCACAUCAAGCAGUACAAGUGCCCAUCUUGCAGCAACAAGAGGGCUCGUCAAUAAGUAGCAGGUUCUCAAACUCUAUGCUGGCGUGGUGGGUUUAGCUAACUGUCUAGGCAGGCCUCUUCUUUUCUCUGUGGUGCCCUGCUGGCCACAUCAUGUGUAUGAGUACUUUGAUUUCGGGAAUCUGACUCUUGGACCAUAUAGUAUUUACUGUGCAGGCCUUUGAAAAAAUUACCCUUUAUUUGAUCAGAAAAUUAGGAUAUUGUUAUUCUGCAUUAGAAAAUUGGCGCCCUCUGCCAAUGUAGUAGCAUGAUUUAUACUUAUCU